GCUGCCGUUGUACCUGAACUCCCAGCUGCUGUCGCUGCUCUUCGACGCCCAGGCCUCUGAGCUCUCCUCGCGGAUGUCCGCGAUGAAGGCGGCCACGGACAACGCCAAGGAGCUGCAGAAGAAGCUGCUGCUGUUGUACAACAAGAAGCGUCAGGCCGCCAUCACGGCCGAGAUCUGUGAGAUCUCGGCCGCGGCCAACGCCAUCGAGGCCGCAGAUAAGAAGGGCGCAGCCGGACCGGGGCUGGGCGUCAUGGACAACGAGAAUUCGGUGGCCGAGGAUUUCAUGAAGGAGUUGGACUCAGGAGACGUUCCAGACACUUGGAAUGCGAUAAAACAACUUCUGGCUGAGGAUGCUGCUCUGGAGGGGACCAAGGAACAGCGGCAGAGGGCGGAAGAGGAGAUGCAGCAGAUGCGUCAGCAGGAGACGGAGGAGAGACUGCGUGCGGAGCAGCGACGCGCCAAACUGGAAGAAGAAAUGGAACUGGAAGAGGAAAGGGAAGAGUUUACAGAUGUCGACUUCGCGGAGAGUUUGAUGUUGCUGGGUGGCAUCUCUUUUGUGAUGACCCUGUUCUACCUGGUGAACGAUGAGGAUCCAGACAUGAGAUUCUACAGUUGGCGGGUCAUCAGCGCCACUCUGUCGAUUUUUUCUGCUGUGUUGAUCUUUAGCGGUAUCAACAAGCUGAUUCAUUUCUACCUGCUGUCACAUGGUACCAGCCCCAGCUUCAAACUGCUCUUUGCGUUCAUCCCCAUGCUGAUCUACUUCUUCCUGCUGCAACUGGGGACAGCCUACCACAGUGCCGCUCUCACAGCGGCACCGGCUGUGAUGGAAGAGAAAGAGUUGGAAGAGACAUGGGGGAAGUUGGAACGCCGCACCAGAUGCUGGGCCACGAUCUUAGCGCACCUCACUGGCUUCGGAUCCAUCCAUUGCGGAACGGUUCUGCAGCAUAUGCCCUGGCUGCGGGACAGCCCCGGUGCUUCUUUCGUCGCUGCGCCAGCGAUGUUUCUGCUCGCCGCGGUGCUCAACUGGUGCGCGCGGCGCGUGCGGGAGAGGGUCACCUCCAAGACCUACCAGCGCCUCCCCGACUCCACCGGCUCCCACGACCAUGACGUCUCCGCCUGGGCCGGAGAGUGGCAGCGCUGGACCUACGACCUGUGGACCGAGAACGUCAUCGACGCGGAGCAUGACUCGGCGGCGCUGGCGGUGUCCUUCUUGCUGGUCCAAUCCUGUCGCUUCGCCUUCAGCGGGCAGCUGGCAGAUGAGAUGACGCCAGGGCAGAAGAAAUCGCAGAGGACCAUCGAAGAGUUCGCAGGUUUUUCUCUUGUUUUCGCAGUCUUGAGCAUUGUGCUGGUGGUUGCAGGGCGGAGGAUUUUCAGGGGUGCAGCACCAACGCCCGGCACCUUGAAAUCCUUCCUGCGACGUUGUUUGGCGCUGCUGCAGCUAUCCUCUGCGAUGGCAUUCGCAUGGACCUUACUCUUCAGCGCCCGCUGGGAGAUUACGAGGUUUAGUGGCUACGUGGGGCCCCCGACGUCGCUGACCUCUCGCAUCAGCCUGGCAUUGGCGAUCUCAUUCUGUGCAGCCCUGAUCAUCAAAAUGUUGGAUUUCGUGAUUGACCUGGAGAGCACCGAAGAAGAUGCUGAUGAAGCUCUAGGUAAUAUUAUCAGUUCAUUGGGAAUUCUGGUGGGUUUCUCCUGGGAGCAGUCCUUCGAUGGAGGCGUGGAAGUGGUGGCAUUGCGGACUUACAGGCCUCUCUGGACAGAAGUUGCCUUGGCAUGUGCUGUGGUGGCCCUGAUUCUCCCGGCCUGGCGAAGACAUAUCCUGGAGAAGGUCAUUGUGGAGGAGAAGAAGAGGGCUCACAAGGAGAGGCGCAGCCGAGAGCUGCGAUAGCGCACAUGACGAUCAUCUGCAAAGAUGUGCAUAAUGUGCAU